ACGUGAUGACGUCAUGACGUAACCCAACAUGGCGCCGCAGUUCUCGCGGUCUGUCUUGUAAGCGGCCAAACAUUCGUCUGUAAUCAUGCGGGAAAUGAAUACAACAUCGUCCGGAAUGUUUAUCUGCUCUUUCUCGGAGUGCCAGGCGUCCUACGAUAAGGAGUGGAAGCUUCAGGCGCAUCUGUGUAAACACACCGGAGUGUACUGUACCGUGCAGACGUCCGGGUUCACAGGAGGUCACGGUGUCUCUCUGUGUGUUCAGUGUUCGUUUGAGGGAUGUGACAGAAGCUUCAAGAAGAACAACCUGCUAAAGACCCAUGAAAGCACACACACACUCCAGCUCCCGUAUGAAUGCUCGUACAAAGGCUGUGACAGACGCUUCGUGAAUCCCAGCAAAAGAAAGCGACAUGAGAAAGUACACACGGGUUACACGUGUCCGGAUGAGGAUUGCACAUUUGUUGCGAAGAACUGGACUGAACUCACCAAACACAGGAAAGAGCACAGAGUGCGAGUGCAGUGUGACUUGUGUAAGAAGGUGUUCAGGGAUGGGUGGUUCCUGAAGCAGCACCAGCGCGUUCACUCUGAGGCCCGUCUGGUGUUUCUGUGUCCGAGAGACGGCUGCACGCGCUCCUACACCACCGCCUUCAACCUGCAGAGCCACAUCCUGUCCUUCCACGAGCAGGAGCGCGCGUUCAGCUGCACACACCCCGACUGCACCAAGACCUUCUCCAUGAAGCAAAGUUUACAGAGACACUCUGUGGUUCAUGACCCCGAGAGAAAGAAACAGAAGAAACCCCGUCCAACACGAUCCCUGGCGUCUCAUUUAAGUGGCUACAAAACGCCAAACAAACGGCAAACAGAAACCCGGGAGACAAACCAUGUGUCCAGCCAAUCAGACAGCGGCUCAUCAGAACCCGUGAUGUCAUCAGAACCCGAAGUCCACGCUGGAGUAACAAACCUGUCAGUGUCUGAUGAUCUAAUGGCAUCUGAAAGUUCUGUUGUUCUCGUUUUAGAGCCACUUGUGCUGGAAGACAGCCAAUCAGAAAUCAACAGCCAAUCAGAAAUCAUCAAAUCUCAUAAUAUACCAGAAAGCAGCCAAUCAGAAUUUCUAAAUAUAGUCACUGUCCAAUCAGAAUUUAAACAGACUCUUGAUAUUGUAGUGACCGGCCAUUGA